CUUUUACUUUCUCUAAUUAACACUUACGUUGCUUUCUUCAUUUUAGAGUUCAGUGAUGUUUCAGUUUUUGAUUUUGGUUCUGUUCCUAAAGGUAGUACUCAUCAUCCGUGUAAUAUCUGUGGCAAGCAAUUCCGUUCCAACUACAGCCUCAGUGUGCAUGUUCGGUCUCACACCGGGGAGAGACCUUUUAGUUGCAAAGAAUGUGGCAAAAGUUUCUCCCAAAUGGGGAAUCUUAAAACACACGUGAAGUGCCAUCAAGGAUUGAAACCAUUUACAUGUUGCUUUUGCAAGAAACAGUUCACUAGAAAGGAGCAUAUGCUGUCUCACUUACUUUCUUUUCAUAAAUUUACAGGAAACCAAUAUUCUAACUAUGUUUCAAAUCCUGAUUUUGGCAUAAUACCUGUUUGCAAAAUAUGUGGCAAAUUACAAAACUCUAUGUCCAGCCUCAAAAUCCACUUUCGCACUCAUACCGGAGAGCGUCCUUUCACAUGUGAAGAAUGCGGAAGAAGUUUUACUCAAAAAUCAAGCUUGAAAAGACAUAUGAAAUCGCACCAUCCUGAAAUAAUACUGGAGGCAUCAGUCAACUUAUAGACUCAAAUCUUCACGACUGAUCCAUCUGUUGUGUACAUUGGCUGAAAAGGGUUUGCUUACAAUUUUAGUUUGACUAUAUUUUUAAGGAGAAAAAAAUGUGACCAUAACAAAAAUUACAGUAUUUGAUCUCCAAAAAUGUUUAUAUGAAAUGUAGUUAAUAAUUCACUUCAAUCUCUUAGCCUUCAGCACUGUCUUAUUUUUACGUGUGAUGUUUGGUAUUUUUGGCUCUUAACCUAACAGUUUUUAUUUAUUUUAAUGAAAAGAAUUUUGUAGUUGUGAGAGUUGCAAAGCCAGAUUAUUAUUGAAUUUAAAAUUUGGCACGAAGUUUAGUAGUGGCCAUGUUUCAAAUAACUUUGCAGCUAAAAUUUUCCCAAUUGUGUAUUAUUGAAAUUGUUAUAAUUGAACUUUUUAAAAAAUUGGACGUAAAUUUUUACCCAAUAAUGCUACAUUUUUGUCUGAAAAUGCAAUGAAGUCUUGUUUACUUACGAAGUCAGUUGGCAUGGUAGGGAAUAAAAAUUUAAAUACCUCUUAAUCAGGUUUUAAACUCAUACGGGUCAAAAUUAUGAAAGCUCACUGAGCAACACACUUAGGGGAAGGACUCACAUAUGAUAGAAUAGACUAUCAGGAAUGAGGCUCAUAUGGCUAAAAGCUAUACAUAUCCGCAUGCAAUGAAAGGAAAGAAAAGUCACAAUGUCACUUACUUUGUUUUUUCUGAGUCAUGAGCUUUUGGCUCAUAACUCAUAAAUGGACUUUUGAAACUUUGUUCCUCAAUUGCAUCAAUGAGAGUGUUUUUUUUUU